GUACCGUAGAUACAAUCGCACACCUCGUCGCACUCUGCGCUUAGACAGGAAUGAAAAUGGACGCACUUCACCAACAGCUCCUAUUCACCACAUCCCUGAUCUUCCUGUCCCUCACCACGGAGACCUUAUGCCUCACCAACAUUACCCUAGGGGGUCUGUUCAGUUUUGGGGGUGCCGGUACAGACUGGGACGGCAGUGCUAUACUCCAGUCCACACUGUUGGCGUUGCAACACGUCAACGAAGACCCCAGCGUGCUACCGGGAUACUACCUGAAGCUGGACGUCAAGAAUUCAAAGUGCCGUCCCGGGGAAGGGAUGAAGGGGUUCGUGGAUCUAAUCAACGAGGAACCCACCAAGCUGAUGCUCCUUGGAGCGAGCUGCUCCGUCGUCUCUCAGCCAGUAGCGGAAACAGCUCAACACUGGAACCUAGUACAGAUGUCAGCUAGCUCGACUUCAGACGUGCUGUCCUACAAGGAGCGUUUCCCGUAUUUCUUCAGGACGAAUCCGGCUCAAUCCGGGCUGAACACGCCUCGGAUCGCUAUCAUGAAGGAAUACGGUUGGGAAAGAGUAGCCAUUAUACAUGAAAGCAACGACGUCUACACGAAUGCAAUGAAUAAAUUUUCGGAAGAGUUAUCACUGAAUAACCUUAGCCUUGUGGCAAAAGAGUCCUUUGCGAGUGGAGAAACACCUUCAGCCCAGCUUAGGAAUUUGAAGGACAAAGAUGCCCGGAUCAUUGUGUCGAGUGCUUACACAGAAGGAUAUAAGUUGAUGUUUUGUGAGGCAUUCCGCCUGGAAAUGUACGGCCCGAGGUAUGUGUGGAUGAUCGACAGCUGGAACAGCUUGUAUUGGUGGAAGAAUGUCACACACCUGGGCUGCUCUGAGCAAGAAAUGUACCAAGUCGUCCAACAUCACGUGGGAACUGUGUUCCUGAAUAUGCGUACGGACACCGAGCGAACCGCCUCCCAGCUGACAGCGAGUCAGUACCAAGACGCCUAUGCCUCUUACACGAACGGCCACCCCUAUCCAGGGGAGGAUCUGGCUCCCUUUGGCUACGACUCAGUCUGGGCCUUGGCACUGGCCCUGCACCGCGUAGCCAGUGACCUCGCAGCCGAGAACUCGUCCAUCAGGAUUGAAGAUUUCGACUAUGACAACACCCACAGCCUGAGAGAGAGACUGGUGAUGGCGCUGUCUAAUUUGGAAUUUGAAGGAAUAACGGGCUUCGUCACAUUCGAUGCAUCUGGAGAUCGUCUGGCACCUUUCAAAAUUGAACAACUAUUAGAUGGGAGUGAGGAGACUGUUGGUCUGUAUUUGCCAGAGGAAGGUAUACAGUGGACGAGGGAACAACAACUUACUUUCAUUGAGGGUAUCGCUCCUAUGGAUGGCCCGAUGCGGGAGACCUUGUACAUCGGCAUUGAUGCAGUGACGUUCGUCGCUUUCACGGUACUGGCUGUGAUUGGCAUGGGAGGUACGGUGGCGUUCCUCAUCGUCAACCUCAUUUACAGAGCUGAAAGAGUGAUUAAAAUGUCGUGUCCCAACGUGAACAACGUGAUAGCGGUCGGGUGCUUCAUGUGUUACGUGGACGUUAUCGUGGCUGGCCUGAACCAGAAUGUUGUGUCACAGUGGGUCAGCAAUGCAGCGUGCUUGGCCCAAGUAUGGAUUCUUCCGAUAUCUUUUUCCCUGGCAUUUGGCGGACUCUUUGCAAAAACCUGGCGAGUUCACGUCAUCUUUAGAAACAAGACCAAGCGCACAAGGAUUGUGGAUUACCAUCUCUUUGUCAUCAUUGGCGUGGUUGUUGCUAUUGAUGUCGUCAUCAUAUCCGUCUGGACUGGGCACGAUCCCAGCCGACUUGUCCGCACUUCUCUUCCUGAGCAGGUUGACACAGCGGCUGAUAAGAUCACUAUAAGAAUGGUGGACAAAUGUGACUCACCCGAGUCACCCAGAUUUCUCUGGAUCGGCAUCAUAUUUUGUUGGAAAGGAAUCCUACUGAUGUUUGGGGCCUUUCUGGCGUGGGAAACGAGAAAGGUAACCAUUCCUCAGCUGAAUGAUUCCAAGUACAUUGCUGUGGCUAUCUACAACGUGGCUGUUCCAAGCAUCAUCGUUGCCCCUCUGGUUACCUUCAUCAGCACCGAUUUGCCUGGCGUCUCUUACAUCCUCACUGCAUCCUGCAUCCUCUUCGGGACAACUGUCACCAACUCUUUGAUUUUUAUUCCUAAGAUUGUUGCGCUGAGGCAGGGAAAGUCGAAUAGCAACUCACAAGAUCAGCACCCGUUUUCCGUACAUAAUCAAGUCGGUCCAGCGCUAGAAAGACUAGCUACGUGCAGCAGUAGCGUGGAUGAUUCAACGAUCAGGGAAAAAGAGAAGGAAAUAAAAGACCUGAAAAACAAGUUGAAAAGGAAAGACGAAGAGAUUGAAAGGAUCAAGGAGGUACUCGAUCGUACAGACCAUGGGCAGGGAACGCGACCAGAGGGAUGAGCGACCUUGCCUGGGCAGGACACAAUACCGUGUCUGACAGCGCUCCACCCAUCAUGCUCCGCUUUUUCCAACCCCGCCGACGUGCAAGGUUCUUGAUGACGGUCUGAUGAAGUCACAACGAGCAAUGCCGCCGGGUUAUACAGUAGUCUUGAUUCCGAGACCUCCCAGUAUGUAGUUCAGACCUGCCAACCUUGCCGUACUCCUUCCGUGAGGUCAAGCAUUGCCACCCAAUAAAUUGAAAGGUAUUUAAAUGAGCCUUCACUUCAUUUAAGAUUUUAAUCUAUUGUGUGGUAAUGCCUGACCUCAGGAAGGAGUAGGGCUGGGUCUGUGUAGUUAAUUCUGCAAUCACGAACCAUCACUCUGUUAGAGGGCGCUAUCUCCAGACGAACCACCAUCUCGGGAAUAGACCUUUUCACUAAUGAAUUCAUAAUUAUGCACGCAUGUACACAAAUAACCUUGACAGCAAGGACCACUGAAAAUGUGUAGGGUUGCGAUGUUGAUUUUCUCUCAGGUUUUCUGGCUUUGUUCAUUUUUUAUCUUCAAAAAAUCCUAUUCGAUCGUGUUGCUAUUAGUUUCUUAUGCAUGCUGGGUUUUUCCUGCUUAAUCUCGCGAGCACAUGCAGAAAGUCUUUUUACAUAGCUCUAAAAAUCAGGUUGGAAAACACGAAUACCAAGUUUAUACAAACCUGGCACACAUCCACAUUUGAACGGACAGUAACACAUGCGGACCACGACGUACACCGAAAACGCGUCUACAAAAAGCCUGCGUCUAGUCUGGAUCUCUAACCAGAUGAUUCCGACUAAUCUCCUCAAAUCAAGGUUCCGAUAUCGCUCAGUGCCCACGUGACUAACAUAUGGGAUCCACCCAGGGCUUUCCUUGUGACCCUUGGCGUGUGGUGUCAUGAUCUAUUUACCUACGUGGGUGCUGACGCAGGGAUUUUUUUUAUAGGAUACCGUCAAUCUAUGAAUAAAACAAAACCGGUAGUGAAUGUUUGACAUUUUGCAAUGCAGAUAAAGAUAUACGGUGACAAACAGAUAAAGAUCCAUUUAAACAUUCCAUUUGUCACCUCGUGAAUCAUUUCAUUCUGAUUUAUAUUUCAUGUACGACUUUAUUACAUGGGUUGUCUUCAGCUCCUGAAAUUGCGA